AUCCAGGAUGUCAGAAUAAGGAGCAAGUGGGGCGAGAGGAAACCAGACCACGCAUCUUCAGCGGUUCAGGGGCCAAGGGGAGCAGGCGAAGAAGGCGGCAGUGCUGACGUCCACAUCUGGCCGAGGCCGCCAGUCCGCCGUGAAUGGACCCUGACGUGACCGUCUCUGCAGCCCGGCCCACCGUGCCAGCGCGCCGUGGGCUCAGCCUCCGCGACGCUGCGGCCCCGCUCUCACCCGCUUUGGCCUCUGGCCGGCCCCACGGCAUCCGGUCACUUGGGGGCUCUUGGGCGGCGGGCUCGUCCAGGCCUGCCUCAUUCCACCUGGAACCAUGAGUGAGGGCCGCAGGGACAGCACGAGCAGUCUGCAGCGCAAGAAGCCACCCUGGCUGAAGCUGGACAUCCCGGCUGUGAUGCCCCCAGCAGCAGAGGAGCCCAGCUUCCUGCAGCCCCUGAAGCGCCAGACUUUCCUGCGGAGUGUGAGCAUGCCAGCCGAGACGGCCCAUGUCCCUUCGCCCCACCACGAGCCCCGGCGGCCAGUGCUGCAGCGCCAGACGUCUAUCACACAGACCAUCCGCAGCCGACAGGUGCGCUUUGGGCGAGUCCAUACUCUGCCCCUCCCCGGUCCCCGGGCUGCCUGCAGGCUGCCCCCACAGCGCCAGCCCCUCUCUUGGUUCCUGCUCAGGGGGACAGCUGACUGGUUUGGAGUGAGCAAGGACAGUGACAGCACCCAGAAGUGGCAGCGUAAAAGCAUCCGUCACUGCAGCCAGCGCUAUGGGAAGCUGAAACCCCAGGUCAUCCGAGAGCUGGAUCUGCCCAGCCAGGACAAUGUGUCGCUGACCAGCACGGAGACGCCACCCCCGCUGUACGUGGGGCCAUGCCAGCUGGGCAUGCAGAAGAUCGUAGACCCGCUGGCCCGUGGCCGGGCCUUCCGCAUGGCAGACGACUCUGCUGAUGGCCCGAGCGCCCCGCACACUCCGGUCACGCCCGGUGCUGCCUCCCUCUGCUCCUUCUCCAGCUCCCGCUCAGGUUUCAACCGGCUUCCUCGGCGGCGCAAGCGUGAAUCUGUGGCCAAGAUGAGCUUCAGGGCCGCUGCAGCCCUGGUGAAGGGUCGCUCCGUUAGGGAUGGCACCUUGCGCCGGGCACAGCGGCGAAGCUUCACUCCUGCCAGCUUCCUGGAGGAGGACACAGCAGAUUUCCCUGAUGAGUUAGAUACGUCCUUCUUUGCUCGGGAAGGUGUCCUCCAUGAGGAGCUGUCCACAUGCCCGGAUGAAGUGUUUGAGUCCCCAUCAGAGGCAGCACUCAAAGCCUGGGAGAAAGCCCCAGAGCAGGCCGACCUCACGGGUGGGGCCCUGGACCGCAGUGAGCUUGAGCGCAGCCAUUUGAUGCUGCCCCUGGAGCGAGGCUGGCGGAAGCAGAAGGAGGGUGGCAUAGCCCCGCAGCCCAAGGUGCGGCUCCGACAGGAGGUGGUGAGCACUGUGGGACCCAGGCGGGGCCAACGCAUUGCAGUGCCAGUGCGUAAGCUUUUUGCCAGGGAGAAGCGACCGUAUGGGCUGGGCAUGGUAGGACGGCUCACCAACCGCACCUACCGCAAGCGCAUUGACAGCUAUGUGAAGCGCCAGAUUGAGGACAUGGACGACCACAGGCCCUUCUUCACCUACUGGCUUACCUUCGUGCACUCGCUGGUCACCAUUCUAGCAGUGUGCAUCUAUGGCAUCGCACCUGUGGGUUUCUCCCAGCAUGAGACGGUGGACUCGGUGCUGCGGAACCGUGGUGUCUAUGAAAAUGUCAAGUAUGUGCAGCAAGAAAACUUCUGGAUCGGUCCCAGCUCGGAGGCCCUUAUCCACCUGGGUGCCAAGUUCUCGCCCUGCAUGCGCCAGGACCCACAGGUGCACAGCUUCAUCAGCGCUGCUCGAGAGCGUGAGAAGCACUCUGCCUGUUGUGUGCGAAAUGACCGGUCUGGCUGCGUGCAGACCUCGGAGGAGGAGUGCUCGUCCACCCUGGCAGUGUGGGUGAAGUGGCCUGUCCAUCCCAGCGCCCCAGACCUUGCUGGCCACAAGAGGCAGUUUGGCUCUGUCUGCCACCAGGACCCCAGGGUGUGUGAUGAGCCCUCCUCCGAGGACCCCCAUGAGUGGCCAGAAGACAUCACUAAGUGGCCGAUUUGCACUAAAAACAGUGCUGGGAACCAUACCAACCACCCUCACAUGGACUGUGUCAUAACAGGCCGACCCUGCUGUGUUGGCACCAAGGGCAGAUGUGAGAUCACCUCCCGGGAGUACUGUGACUUCAUGAGGGGCUACUUCCACGAGGAGGCCACGCUCUGUUCUCAGGUGCACUGCAUGGAUGACGUGUGUGGCCUCCUGCCUUUCCUCAACCCCGAGGUGCCCGACCAGUUCUACCGCCUGUGGCUGUCCCUGUUCCUGCACGCUGGGAUCUUGCACUGCCUGGUGUCCAUCUGCUUCCAGAUGACUGUGCUGCGGGACCUGGAGAAGCUGGCGGGCUGGCACCGCAUAGCCAUCAUCUACCUGCUGAGCGGUGUCACGGGCAACUUGGCCAGUGCCAUCUUCCUGCCCUACAGGGCAGAGGUGGGCCCAGCUGGCUCGCAGUUCGGCAUCCUGGCCUGCCUCUUCGUGGAGCUCUUCCAGAGCUGGCAGAUCCUGGCACGGCCCUGGCGCGCCUUCUUCAAGCUGCUGGCUGUGGUCCUCUUCCUCUUUGCCUUCGGGCUGCUGCCCUGGAUCGACAACUUUGCCCACAUCUCGGGCUUCAUCAGCGGCCUCUUCCUCUCCUUCGCCUUCCUGCCCUACAUCAGCUUCGGCAAGUUCGACCUGUACCGCAAGCGCUGCCAGAUCAUCAUCUUCCAGGUGGUCUUCCUGGGCCUGCUGGCCAGCCUGGUGGUCCUCUUCUACUUCUAUCCUGUCCGCUGUGAGUGGUGCGAGUUCCUCACCUGCAUCCCCUUCACUGACAAGUUCUGUGAGAAGUACGAACUGGACGCUCAGCUCCACUGAGCAGCUGUGGGUGCUGGUGGCCACAAGCACGGAGACUCAGGGGCCUGUGGACUCUGCCUGCUUUGUGUGGACUUGCCUUUCCUGACACAGACCUCCUGUGCCUUGCUCACUCCUGCUGACUUUAUCCUGCUGGGCAUUUAUCACACUCUCUCCCACAAUAACCUUCUAACUAGACCCUUGACGACCACCUCAUGUGGCCAAUAAAUGGACCGGGAGCGUUUUAGCUGCCACUAACCUGACCCGGGCUGUGUCCUUCUUCCUGGCUCCUGGCUAAGGGCUGUGGAGCAAGACCCUGCAGUUCCUGGCCUCCGAGAGCACAAUUCCCCAGAACAGGGAACUAAGUGUCCAGUACAGCCUUAGGCUCUUCCAGCUCCCAGGGAAGCCCCUCAGUCAGGAGGCUGCACUUUACUUUGCUCCUCUUCCUUGGAGGACCCUAGGGAUAUGCUGCCACAUUUCGCUGCAUUUCCAUCCCAUGCUGCCUCCCAUUCCACUGAGCCUGGGGAAGGCACUGGUGUAGGGAACCCUGUGGGUAGAGGCCCCAUCCCACCUGUGCCAGAUGCUCACUGCCACUUAGGCUCUGGGAUGCUUCCCCACAAGCAGUCGGAAAGAGCUGUGGAGAUGAUGGUUAUACGCAUGUGGCCACAGGGCCUCGGUGUGGCAUCUUGGACUUCAGGACUUACCUGGGUCAGUCCUCUCUCCUAACCUCCCCUCUGUGAUGGGACAGAUCCACUCCCUCCUAUACAGGGGACUAUGGCUUAAUGACUAUUGAAAAAAUGAAGCCAAGGAAUAGGUUUAUUCUGCACAUGAGGCCAGGCCCACACCGCUGUGGGAACUGCAUGGGAUAAGGUCUCUGAGCCCAGGCCCAUUUCAGAGGAAGGCAAGGAGCAAAGGAUCGCCCUGUCCUGGUCCUGAGGACCCCAGGGUUCAUGCUGGCAGUGCAGCCACCCCAACACUGUUCUGAGGAGGAAGAGGAAAGAGGGCUCCAUCUGCUGGGAAAGGACUGAGCAUCAGUGAAGAGUGGUCCCUGUCCUGGGGUCACUUCUGCCUCAGCUUUUUGAUGAAGGAAACCUCAUCCCGAUUCCGGAUACCAUAACUGAAAGACAAGGAAAUGACAGUGUCUGUCCUACAGAAGGAUCACCUGUAACUCCCCACCCGAGGCCUGUGAGGGACCAAGAAAGAAAGGGUGAGGUGUGGCAAGAGGCAGUGUGGCUGUCCUCCCGGACACUCACUCUGCACUGCCCUGGCUGGAGCUGCUCCUCCGCCCGCCACUCUCCCAAAGGGGACGCCCAGGGAAGCCUCUUGUGGGAAGGAGUCUGGCAGGGACCCUGCUGCUGCAGCCCUCUGGCAGAACCCGGGGCCCUAGAGGGCACCAGACGAGAUGCCCCUCCAGCUGAAGACGUGGCCUGAACUUACUCUCGGAGCUUCUUCCUGUCCUCUGUUAGCUUCUCUCCUGCAGAGGUCAGAUGGUAUGUCCUCCACACGUAAGACCUGCGAGAGGGGCUCAGGUAAACCAGGUGCUGCCUUGAGCAGAUGAGCAGGAUGAGCAGCAUGAAGGGCCCUCGAGGGCCCCUGGGCAGCUGUACUCCCUCACCUAGGCUUUUCUCCCGUGCAGGGCAUGUGUGAGGAGGAGCCAUAUGAACAGCUGGCCAAACACUUUGCUAAUGAAACUGGGGACAGUGCUAGACACAGCAAUAGGGCACUUGAUUCACAGGAGCACGAGGGCCAACAGCACCCAGGUUAGAAGGGGCAGGAGACACUGACAGGUGCAGCCUUCACCCAGGAGAUCACUUUCCGACACUGAUGCCCUAGAGUGAAGAUAUCUACCAGUGUAGGUAGGGUGAUGUUGAUGGAGGUGUCUAGAAACAGAUGAGGCAGGAGUCCCAGACACAAUCGCCCCCAGUCUGAAUGUGCUCCAAACAGCUUUGCAGCAGAGCAAUAGGUGUGUGCAUGUGUGCUGCUGAGAACUACCUCUCAAUGGUGCCCAUACCGGCCCUAGGAAGGCCCAAGGAAGGAGCUGCUGUUCCACUUACCAGCUGAUGUGCUGAAUGCCCCCUUCACGCUCCUGCCUGAGCUGCACAUGCCUCUGGAUGGCCUUCUUCAGGUCCAGGACAGUAGCAUUCUGCACUACGACCACAGCUGCAGCCAAGGACACAGUGGGAGAAGAUCCAUGAGGGACAGAGCCUCAGGUGACAGGAGAACCCAGAACCUGUCAGGCCCUAUUCUGCAGAUUGGGUUUGUGGCUGCCCUAAUGCCCCUGGCAUGGCCCCCAAGGUUCUCACUGACCAGUCCUGCUAAACAUCUUGUUCAUGUGAAUGUGUAGGCCUAAUGGGAGGAGGACAGCACUUACGCAUUACUUCCCCGUCCAUCUUGCACACUCGAACUGUCAUUGCUUGGCCAUAUUCUAGAGCUAUCUGGGAAUUGACCUCCUCCAACGUAACCUAGAGAAGACCAAAGGUGAACAUAGGAAUCCUGGCUCUCUAGCACCCAAACAACAAGAAAAACAAGCUGAUAGUGGCCAGAAAGUGGUGUCCCAUUUUAUGAAGGGCAAGAAGGGGCUCUUGCCUAUAUUUUAGGGUUUACUAGUUAUUCAGUACCCCAGCCUCAUGUUUCACCCACAUCUUUAGAGGGGGAAAGAAACAGGCAGGGAGAAUGAACCCACAUGAAGAUGGGCCGGGGAGGCGGAAGAACACUGGGCCUAAAAGUUCUCCCUCAGAGUUCCUGAGCAUUGGGUUCUAGGGCCUAGGGGCUGGGGUGGAUAGGUGUGCAUAACUUACCAGGCACCAGAAAAAUGAUGAUGAUAAGAAAUGUUCUGAUAGAACACCUAAGAAAGUACAAGUUGGGCUGGGAAUGCUGGAGGGUGGCACCGCGCCUGUCUAGCAACACAAGGCCUCUGAGCCAAUCUCCAGCACCGCAGUGGUGGGGGGUAGGGGUAGAAGUUAAUUUUAAAGAUCAGUGAUGGGCAAAAUUCAAAAUAAAUGAGGUAAAGGCAGUACAGUCUGCCGAAGCAUAUUGACGCUUGGAAAAACAGAAAUACUGACCUAAUCUUAACGUUACUUUGUGUCCCCCGGAGGUUCCUGCAUCGACUUUGACUUUUAAACAUACUGC